AUGUAUUUGGUGCUAAUCGUGGCACUACUGGGCCAUGCUUCUGCUAACGCUAUCGAUAUGCUUGACGUUGGUUCUCUUGAGCCAAUCGCAGUGAACUACUGCAAUGACAGCUCGCUGUUGGAAGAAGCUGGACUGAUUAGAGCCACGCUGGGUCAGUUUCUCGGAUACGAAUGUAGUGGGGAGUUCUACCACUGCAGGCGGCAAAGUGACGGCUAUCUAACUCAUAAGAAACUUUGCAAAACCGGACUUGUCUAUGAUGUACUGGGAACGCAGAAUUGUAACUACGAUUAUAAUGUCAAGAGCUGCGGCCUUGAAAGAAAAGGUCCUAUUGAAUGUAAUUCGACCUCGUUCCACUGUACGUUGUCCGAGCAGUGUCUGCCUCUUUCGAAACGAUGCGAUGGUCAUUACGAUUGUCAAUCGGAGGAAGACGAGCAGAACUGUCGUAAGUCAUUUUGA